AAAAUAAUAAAAUAUAAAUCAAAAUAAAACAACUAGCUUUUUUGUGUUCUUCCAAGCAGAAAUAAGGAACAGAGACAGGGAGAGAAACAGAGAGCUCUUCUGCUAUCACCAUCGUUGCUUCAAGCGGAAGCUUCUCUGUGAUUUUCCCAUUAUUAUUAUACAAAAACCCUAACAAGAAGAUGUAGAUAUUAAAAAAUAAUAAAAAAGAUUUUAUAUCGAAAGCGUUUUGUGGAGAGAACCUUGUUUCCAACCCUAAAAAAAGAACAUAAUCCCUCCUUUCAGAUUCAUUCUCUUCACGUAAUCGCUUUUAAUUUUCGUUUCCUCUCAGUUUUUUUUUCCCCAUUUGAAACCCUUUUUUUUAAAUUCUGUUUUUUGUUUGUAAACAAAAGGAAAUUUGGGGAUUAUCCGAGGAUUUCGGGGAGGGGUUUUUUCCUUGCUCUGUUGAUAAUUAUUGUAUUUGGUGGUGGGUUGAUUGGAAUUAGGGUUUUGGUGGCAUUAUAAUUGGUGGGUCUGUUGAGAAUUUGGCUUUUUGGGUGAAAUUUCCUGGUGGCUCUGUUUCAAUUUAGGGGUUUUGAAAGGGAUUCAAUGUUAAAUUUGGGAAUUUUAUUGGUUUGUUAUGUCCUUUCUGGGAGGCCUUGCAACUUUAUUGGUGGAUUUGAUAAAAAUUGGGGUUUUAUCAUUAGAGGCUGAGAUUUUGGUAAUUUUUCUCCAUUUGGGUGUGGGUUAAUUCGCAAAAAGAUUGAAUUUUAAGUGGUCUGUUUGGGAUUUUUAUUGUGGUUUCCGGGGAGCUGAAGAAAAGAUGAGCUCAAGUAUGACAGAGAAAUUGAUUCCUGAAGGGAAGCUUUUGGUUCAUAUAGCUGAAAAUGGACAUUCCUUUGAGCUUGAUUGUGAUGAAACUACAUUGGUGGAGGCAGUUAUGCAAACGAUCGAACCAGUUUCUGGCAUCCACUUCAAUGAUCAGCUCGUUCUGUGUGCAGACUUGAAACUUUUGCCUCAAAGGCCACUUUCUGCAUAUAAACUUCCUUCCGGUGACCGUGAUGUCUUCAUAUUUAACAAGUCAAGGUUGCAAACUAAUUCCCCACCACCACCACCAGAGCAAGUUGAUAUAGUUGAAAUUUCAGAACCCCGGCCGCCGGCUUCCAUUAGUGACCCUCAUCCUUUGGAUGAUGCUCCUGACCCUGCUUUGAAGGCUUUACCUUCUUAUGAGAGGCAGUUUAGGUACCAUUAUCAUCGAGGACUUGCUAUAUAUAAUCGAACACUGUCAAAGUUUGAUUAUUGUGAAAGGCUGUUGAGGGAGCAGAAGGUUCAGGAAAGGGCAUUGGAAAUUGCAAGAAAUAAUUUAGAUCAACAUUAUAGGAUGAUUCGCCAAAAUUAUUUGGAAUUCAUGAAGCGUUAUAAACAGCAACAUCGUUAUCAUACUAAUUUGUUGGCAGACUUUGAUAAGGAUAUGCAGAAGUUGAGAUCCACCAAGCUUCACCCUGCAUUGCAGACUGCUAGGAAAUGCUUACUAGAUUUUGUGAAGGAAGAUAACUUAAGGAAGUCUAGGGAAAAUUGUAAAAGCUUCCACAGGCAGUUUGAGAACAAAGUUGUACAAUUCAAUCAGAUGUUUGGUGAAUUGAAGCGCAAGGUAGAGGAGUUGCUCCCUUUGAGGGCUUCCUUGCCUAUUAAGAAUUUGGAACUAACCAUUAAGGAGCAUCAGCGAUGCCUGAAUGAACAGAAGAGCAUUAUGCAGUCUUUAAGCAAAGAUGUCAAUACAGUAAAGAAGCUUGUAGAUGAUUGUCUGUCGUGCCAAUUCUCUUCCUCCCUUCGUCCUCAUGAUGCAGUUUCAGCCUUGGGUCCUAUGUAUGAUGUCCAUGACAAGAGUCAUCUGCCCAGGAUGCUGGCUUGUGAACAUGCAAUAUCAAAGCUGCUAGACUUUUGCAAGGAUAAGAAGAAUGAAAUGAACAUCUUUGUUCACAAUUACAUGCAAAAGACAACAUAUGUUACAUACCACAUCAAGGAGGUCAAGUUGCAGUUUCAUGUUUUCAGAGAGGUGAUGCGUCAGGAGGAUCUAUUUAUGGACCUUAAGUUGGUCCGCGGAAUUGCUCCUGCAUAUAGAGCCUGUCUUGCUGAAAUAGUGAGAAGAAGGGCAUCUAUGAAGCUUUACAUGGGCAUGGCUGGUCAGCUGGCUGAAAGGCUUGCAACAAAGAGAGAAGUUGAGGCUAGGAGACGAGAGGAGUUUCUAAAAACACAUGGUUUGUAUAUACCCGAGGAUGUAUUGGCUUCCAUGGGGUUAUAUGAUACCCCUAACCAGUGUGUUGUGAAUAUAGCUCCUUUUGACACUGCAUUGCUUGAUAUUGAUAUUCAUGACCUGGACCAUUAUGCUCCUGAGUAUUUAGCAGGACUGCCUACGAAGGCUGGCUCAAGAGAUCCAAUUUCCAUGUCAAAUGAGAGUUCUCAUUCAGCUGGUACUGAAGAGAUUGGUGUAGAUACUCUUGAAAAAGAUGAUUCUGAUGAUUACCUUGAGGGGUGUGAAUUGGCAGAGAUUGCUGGAACUAGCGCGAUGGAAGUUGAGAAUGCAAAACUGAAAGCUAAACUUGCUUCUGCAAUAGCCCUGAUUUGUUGUUUGGGUCCUGAAUUUGAAUAUGAAUCACUUGAUGAUAAUAAAGUCAAUACUUUAUUGAAAAAUGCUGCAGAAAAGACUGCUGAAGCCUUGCAUCUAAAAGAUGAGUAUGGAAAACACCUGCAAUCUAUGCUCAAGGCAAAACAAAUGCAGUGUGUUUCGUAUGAAAAGCGCAUUCAGGAACUGGAGCAGAGAUUGUCUGAUCAGUUUUCACAGGCGCAGAAGCUUUCUAUAACUAAUGAUAUCACUGACUUUGGCCUUCUGGCCUCAAAGGCUGAUGAUUGUAAGCCCGAAAUCUCAGGUUGUGAGGUGAAUGUCCUUUGCAUAUCUACAUCCGAGCCCAUGGAUGAAGUUUCGUGCAUUUCAAAUUCUUUGGAUGCAAAGCUGGGACUAUUUACACAGCAAUCAAGCACAGGUCGAGAAGUGGUAGAUGAGAAUGUGAUGGACUCCUCUAUAAUGCUCAACCCUGAGUUGGUUUCAUCAUUGCAAGAGCCGCAUCGAGAAGAACUGCAAGUUGGUGAGAAAGAUGGAAAAGAUAGGAUGGUGGGAAAGUCUGGCAUUUCUUUCACUAACAGUUCUACUGCUGAGAGUAUGCCUGAGCCUCUGAAUGCUUUACCUUGUGAGACAGCAGCAGAGCUGGUUUUAGAUUCUAAAGUUAAGGGGGAUCUUGUUUUGGAAUUGCGAAGUACGCUUGCAGAGAAGUUCAACCGAUUAAGUGAAACUGAAACCAAACUUAGGGAUGUUUUGGAUGAGGUUUCCAUGCUUAGGAGGGAGAUGGAAAUGAGUCAUAAACUUCUUGAUGAAUCUCAGAUGAACCGUGCUCACUUGGAGAAUUGUCUGCAUGAAGCAAGAGAGGCAGCCCAAAGCCAUCGUUGUGCUGCUGAUCGGAGAGCCUCAGAAUAUAGUGCGCUGCAUGCAUCGGCUGUUAAGAUGCGUGAUAUGUUUGAAAGACUUCGAAAUUGUGUCUACUUUCCUGGUGGGAUGGCCAGUUUUGCUGAUUCUUUGCAUGUUUUGGCUCAGACUUUGGCCAAUUCCAUUAGUGAUAGCGGAGAUGAUGGCACUGCAGAGUUCCACAAAUGUAUCCGGGUCCUUGCCGAAAAAGUUGGUUUCUUGUCUAGGCAUUGCGAAGAGUUGCAUGAGAAUUACACUAGUGUUGAAGCAGUAAAUGAACGGCUUAGGAAGGAAUUGGAAGAGAAAAACGAGCUGGUUAACACUCUGAACGCUAAGCAUCAACUUCAGAAGCAGGCAAACAAGGAAAAGAUAUCUUUCAGCCGCUUGCAAGUCCAUGAAAUUGCUGCAUUUGUACUAAAUUCAGCUGGGCAUUAUGAGGCAAUCACCCGAAACUGCUCCAACUACUACUUGUCUGCUGAAUCUGUGCCCUUGUUUACUGAUCAUCUUGCAAGCCAACCGAGCUAUAUAGUUGGGCAGAUUGUACAUAUUGAGCGCCAAACUGUGAAGCUACUGCCUCCAUCAGCUACAUCUGAUCAUGUUAUAGAGGAUCCUGUGGAUCAACUAACUUCUGACACAGAGGCAGAGCGGUUAACCUUGAGUUCUGGAUCAAGUUUGAACCCCUAUGGUCUCCCUAUUGGAUGUGAAUACUUCAUAGUGACAGUAGCCAUGAUACCUGGUACCACCAUUCAUUCACCACCUCCUUCCUGAUUCCUGCCCCAGAAGCAGAUUUGACGUGAUGGGAGAAACCUAACUGUACAUACGUUAUAAAAUAUUCUGUAGAUAAACCAUCAUGGUGGCAGUUGAAUUAGAUUUUCCUUUUGUACAGCCAAUUUUAAUCUCCUUUGUACAUAAAGCUACUCUUUUUAAAUAUGUAAAAAAAAAAAAAAAAAAAACUGUAAAUAUUUUCCAAGCAUUGGCACUUUAAGUUUAACAAAGCCUUAUUUAUUUAGAGUUUAUUUCAAAAAUGUGCUUAUGAAUUCUUGAGUACCAUUUCUUCCAUCAUGUUUGCCUGUAAAAUACUACUUGAGUGCAAUUAUUUGGCUCUGCCAUCUUAAAAUUAGGAAUCCCUCUGUUGGGGACAGAAAUCUUGCUACCAGGAUUAAGUAGUGUUGUUACCUGCUAAAGUAUACGUUUGCUAGCAGAACAUUUCAAUCUUCACAGUUGAAGUAAUUUGAUUCCUCACACAAGUUCUCUUUUCUAUAUUUCCUUUUCCGUUUUUGUUAACAGAGCACACUUUGACGGCUACAACGUUUUCCAACUGCUCUACCAAAAACAAAGUCUUAUAACCAUCAUUAAUUAUAUAACUCAUGCAAGUGGUUGGAAACCUUUUUUUUUUAUAAAUCAUUUCAUAAAUGACGUGCAUAUAUAUAAUCUUCGAACAAUACCCAUCA